AUGGCGGAUCACAACACCCCCUCGCCGCAACCAGAUCUUCAUAGGAACAGGCUUCCAUCCCUUUUCGAGGUUCUGAGCCGGCGGACGCUCGCACCGGUUGACCUGUUCUACUUCUACAUUUACAUGCGCGAUCAGCAAAGAUCGGUUGACUAUCUGGAUUUCUGGCUCGAUGUCGCUCAACACAUGUCCAUGUGCCGGCACUACGUACGAGAGUUACGAAGAUCGGUGAUGAUUGGGACGCCAGAUGGAGAUAAAUCAGCUUCGAAGAGAUCAUCGGCUAUGUUGGAGGGGUUGGGCGAUUUGAAUCAUGGAGGACCAUCGAUAUACCCGUCAGACAAGGAGAAAAAUCAGGAUGCACAGAUGUCUGCGUAUCUUCGACAAGAAGCACAACACGCUGCGAACACUGGUCACUCUCCUGCUGGCAGUACUGGAUCCAACAACAUGAGACAAACCUCAUCAAAUGAUCGGCCACGACCUAGUUUCAUGAGCAGCCCUCAUGUCCUCACUACCUCUGAUUCCAACUCUCCAGAACACACUGUUGCUCGAGCAGAUAUUCGGGCAUCAGCUGAAAAGAUCCUCUAUACCUACCUCCUUCCUGGCGCCGAACGCGAAAUUCAGCUCCCCCACGCUAUAACCCACGAGAUCACAGCCGGUAUCGAAGAGCAAGGUCGAGAUGAUCCGGAACUGUUCGAUGCUGCGAAAGACUAUGUCUUCCAAGCAAUGGAGCGUGACGCAUUCCCAGGCUUCCUCCGAGCAAAGGCUCUGGGCAACCUCGUCCCACCCUCAGUUUUGAUGAGGUUAGUCAUCGGCUUGCUCUCCAUGUUCGCUGCCUUCUGGGUUGCUUUUAUCCUCGUUUUCCUUGAUUAUGGUCGACGCACAAGACUCUGGCUCAUUCUCCCAUUCACAAUCGGUGUUUAUGCUCUCUGCUCUCAGCAGUACUCCCUAGAUCCCAUCCUUGCCCUGCUUGGAUUCAGCGAGUAUACCUUCAUGAACUUCAACCGGAUCCGAGAACCAUUCGUCCGCAAGCUUCUGAAUAAGCGAGCGAUUAUGGUUCUAGGAGUCACGAUUUUCAUCGAUGCCUGUCUGGUGGUUCUCUUCGUCUUCGUGCCAGGGAAAAGACUUUAA